CCAGAAUCCUCUUCGAGCCAUUCUUCCGUGGGGAGGCAAGGACAGACAGACUACAUUUCCCAGAAUCCCCGGCGGCCCACGUAACGUGCAGCGGCGCCUGUGCCGGUGCCGCUCGCCCCAGGCGACAGCGGCGGUUAACGGCGUGGAGCGGGCGUGAGGCGGGAGCGAUGGCUGACAACGGAGACUCCGCGGCGAGUCCCCGCGCCCCGUCUCCUCCCGGCUCCCCGCUGCAGGGACGAAGGCGGCCGGGCUCCUGCUCGGCUCCCGGUGCCGGCGGCGGCAGCACCAGCCAGUCUCCCGAGCGCGGGGCGGCGGGGGGCGCGGCGCCGCGGCUGCUGCUGCUGCCGCCGGCGGCGGUGUCGUCGCUGCCGCGGCUGGAGAAGCCCAUCAAGCAGGCCUUCUACAACACCGGGGCGCUGCUCUUCGCCGGGCUGUGCUGCGGCGCCGCCGUGCUGGUCUACUUCAUCCUGGAGGCCUUCCUGCGGCCGCUGCUCUGGGCCGUGCUCUGCGGCACCUUCCUGCACCCCUUCAAGAGCUCGCUCACCGCGCUGGGCCGCCGCUGGCUCGGCCGCCUGCACCGCUCCCGCACCCCGGUGCUGCUGGCCGCCCUGCUGCUGCCCAUCUGCUUCGCCAACUACGGCGCCGAGGCGCUGGGCGAGCAGGUGCUGCGCAGGCGGCGCCUCCUGCUGCUGCUGGGCGCUGGCGGCCCCCUGCUCUACGGGCUCUACUGCCUCGGCAGCUCCCUGGGAGUCCAGGUGCUGCUGGCCCAGACCGGACUCCUGAUCUGCCGGGGGCUCGACUUCUUCAGCAGCCUGUGGAUAUGGACCUUGGUUGUUGGUUAUCUAUUGACCAUUUCAUUCAAGUGGAAUGCAAGCACUGAACGUUAUUUAAGAGCAAUCUCCAUUCCUGUCUGGAUAAUGCUGCUCUUCCACUUAGCUUCUGUGGCUGGCUCCUGGAGGAUUCCAGUAUUUCUGGUUAUAGUUUUUCUGAUGACAGUGGGCAUGUUGCAUGAGCAACAGAGCGGAAAGGAGUCUUCUGGGACAGAACUUCCUGGUCAAAUGAUUUCCAUUGCUGCUUCUACAAUUGCCAUGGCAAUAUCUGUCACAGGAUAUGAUUCAAGUAAUGAGCAACAUUCACCCCAACCCUCAGAAACAGCAGAAAGUGAGCAACCCCCUCAAGCCUCAUCCUCUUCGUUUUCCUCCUCUUCAUCCACUUCCGGUGGCGGACACAGGCCUGAGAUUGGAGCUUUUCUUAGAAAGAAGAAAACCAGUGAUAUCUACUUUGUUACACUUGUAUGGGCCAUUGUCGUAGUCCAAAUCUGGCUGAAUCUCUGGAUUGUGCAGUUAUUGCCAGUUCCUGUUGCAGUUUGGGUUGUUAAAAAACUUGUGGUCCACUUUGGAGUUGUAAACUUCAUGGCAAAACGUUGUAGUAGUUGGUGGCAUGUUCUGGAAAACUUUGUGAAGGAGCGGCAGGAGGCUCUUGCUCCACGGCCAAUCAGAGGGCUUGGAAGGGUCAUGCUAAAACUUGACAGUAAGAUGAUCGUGUGGUUGGAGAAAAUGCUUGAUAAAAUAAUUAGCAUUUUCAUAAUAUUUUUGCUAGUGAUAGGAACCCUUCUGCUAGCCCUGCUCCUUACGGCAAAGGUACAUCAAGAGAGCGUUCACUUGAUUCAAGUCACAAGCAGCUUGAUCAAUGAGACUGUAGCCAAUCACCCAGAGUGGGCAAACUGGCUCCCUGAAGCUCAGGUCAUUCAAAAAGCUCUCAAUUCGGCUGCUAACAAUGUGUAUCAGUAUGGCCGAGAAUGGAUUACACACAAGCUCCAUAAGAUAUUAGGAGAGAAAGUGAACAACACUGCUGUGAUUGAAAAGCAAGUGCUAGAGCUCUGGGACAGACUUUAUCACUCUUGGUUUGUGAAGAAUGUAACGCAUUCUGGAAGACACAAAGGACACAAGCUGCAAAUAAAUCGUCAGAACAGCUGGCUAGGUGACAUUCUGGACUGGCAGGAUAUUGCUUCAUUUGUUCAUGAGAACAUUGAGACAUUUCUUUCAAUUCUGGAGUCCUUGUGGAUAGUGAUGAGUCGUAAUGUGAGCCUACUCUUCACCACAGUAACAACAUUAGUGACAAUCCUCUUCUAUAGUGGGACAGCCCUUCUCAAUUUUGUGCUCUCACUGGUGAUUUUCCUGACCACAUUGUUUUAUCUGUUAAGUUCCAGUGAUGAGUACUACAAACCAGUGAAGUGGGUGAUUAGCUUGACACCUUUGUCUCAACCAGGCGCAUCCUCAAAUAUUGUUGGCCAGUCUGUGGAAGAGGCCAUAAGAGGUGUGUUUGAUGCUUCUCUCAAAAUGGCUGGGUUCUAUGGACUGUACACCUGGCUCACUCACACCAUAUUUGGAAUUAAUAUUGUCUUCAUACCAUCAGCAUUGGCAGCAAUCCUUGGAGCUGUUCCAUUUCUGGGAACGUACUGGGCAGCGAUACCCGCAAUUCUAGAUCUGUGGCUGACCCAAGGAGAAGGAUGCAAAGCCAUUUUGCUUUUGGUUUUUCACCUGUUGCCAACGUACUUUGUAGACACAGCAAUCUACUCAGAUAUAUCAGGAGGUGGCCAUCCCUACCUGACAGGCCUCGCAGUAGCUGGUGGAGCAUAUUACCUAGGAUUGGAAGGAGCGAUCAUAGGACCCAUACUGCUUUGUAUACUGGUGGUUGCCUCUAACAUAUACAGUGCCAUGUUAGUGAGUCCAACAAAUUCAGUUCCCACCCCAUCACAAACACCAUGGCCUCUGCAGAUAUAUCAGCCAUCUAGAGAGAGUCCUGAAGAGAUGAAAAUAGCCACAGAGUGAGAUUUACACCAUCUUGCACCUGAUCAACAUGAAGUUGUCACUCUCUUCUACCUGGAUUGAGUUCAGAACAGUCGUGGCCUUCUGUCCCUCUUCCAGCUGUGCCUAGUGACAGCUCAUAGUGAAGCACAGUUUAAAAUAAACCCUCACAUCUGCUGGCCUUACAUUAUUAAGCACUUUGCCUUUGCAAGAGAGACUGUCUGCUUCCCAUCACUUUGCAUAUUAACACACAGACUUAAAGAUCAGAUGCCUUGUGUGUAGUUUUUUUCUUCAUACAAGAAGAACAAGUAAUACCAACUGAAUCAAGGAUGCCAUCUGCUGAAAUGACUAACUUGGCUUUUUUCUUUGGAAGUUUGCAUUGUUAGACUUUUAGUAAUUUUAAACAAGUUAAAUCCCCAAGUCUUUUGUUGCUGAAAUCUUUAGUUGAUCAAAGGGUGUAUUUACUUGUAGAGAUGCUAAAACUUUUAAAGGUGUGAAGCACCUGCUAUUAAAAGAAAAUAUAGUAUAAUUAUCUGCUGCUUCUCAAAACAUUUCUUUUGAGAGGUGUGACAGUCACCAUUCAAUUAAUAACACUUGAAGCUUAUUUAUGUAUACACUAAUAGUGUUUAUGCUGUCAGGGAGUGAUGCUUCCACUUGAAGAUUGUGUUAAGUGUAGGUUAUCCUCACGUGGAAUAGGAGUAUUUGUAAAAACAAUUUAAUCCUUGAGUUCACUUUUGCAGUUAAACUUAGUAUUCUGUUUCGAUUUAUUGGUAAAGCUUAAUUUAAUGCACUCGGGUUUCAGUAAGAUGAUGUACACAAAGUCCCAAUGGAUUCUUGCCAAAUUUAACCAAAGGACUUAAAUAUUUCCAGGCAGAAGUAAUCUUGGAUUACCAUAUCUAAUUACAGUAUUUGGAAGAUGCUGAUGUUCACACACUUUUUUUUAUUCUCAUUUAUUGAGAAGUAAUAAUCAAGAAGGUGAGAGAUGAUGGGGGAGGGGGAAAGCACAAGACAAGCAGAGAUCUCAAAUUCCUAAAAUGUGUUCUUGUCCUGGGCAUCAAAUUGAAGUACACUAGAGCAUUUUUUUCUCUUUUCCCCCCAAACUGUAGUUGACCUUAAAUUGCAGUUUUAGUGGCACUGAAGGCUUUUCAUACCUUGGUUAUUGAUGCAGGUUUGAAAUAGUGGUUUAUUGGCACCAAAAAGUAAUUACAUUCUUUUUUGUGUAAGUUCUUAGACUCAAAAGACAAAUACGUGAGCAAAAAUUUUUACCCCAAAUACUUGGUCAAAGAAUACACUCAGAUCAUCCGACACCAGGUACAAUACAAAUAAGAUGCUAUGUAGGUGGUAUGGUUUUUUUUGUUUGUUUUGUUUUUUUUAAUACCAGAGCAAAACCAUUCCAUUCCUGAGUGACUCUACCUUGACUUUAUAGCAGGGUUUCUUCUUCUGAUUAUACAAAAUACAGGCCAUGUCAUGCACUUCAUCUCUCCUUGCAUUAUAAAACAGCUAUAGUACAAAUCUGUCCAUACCCAGUCCCAGGGAUCUGGUUCAACCCAAGUGAGAGAGGUUGUUAUAGAUAGCUACUAGUUUUUUGACAUGACCAUACAUUGUUUAUAGAUAAUAUUUCUAAGAUUGGAUCCUUUGUGCCCUAUGUAUUGCAGUGUUUUGAGAUCAGUUCAGUGUGCUGCAAUGCAUGGGCACAAUAUGUGUAGUUCUGGAUGGAGUAACUGUCCUAACUUUGAAUUUCCUUGCUUCUGUGGAACAAAGUUAGACUCUUUACAUUAUUCAACAUCAUUUUGUUUCAUAAAUGACAAUUUUGGAAAAAGUCAGGCUCUCACUAAGAGUAUCAAUAUAUUCCUGUAGUAUACAGACCAGUAUAUUAAUGAUAGACUAUAAUUGCUCUUGGGGAAAUUGCUACGUUCUGUUAUAUUAGUGUAUGCUACCAUGCUGAGCAGCAUUACAUAUCUGUUUUGGUUAAUCAAGUCAUUGUGUACCCAGGCAACUUUUGAAAAGGGUUGUCACUUGAGAGAAAAAUGCUUUAAAAUGUAUACAACUAACAAGAAUCCACAAGCUUUAAUAUUUUUACACUUUUCUCUUGUUGCUUUUUGCUCACUAUUAAAGAUUGUGGUAAGUGUUUUCUACAUAGAUAGCAUGUUCACAUCUAACCUGAUCUUUCAUAACCCUGACUUACUGAAUUUGUGAUGUCAGUCAUUUCCAUGCUACCAGAUAGUGAUCUCAUAAACAAAGGUUGAUUUCUUUACUAUAGUCACAGAGAAGAAUCUCUGAUAUGAGGAGCGUUCUUUUUCAAACACAAGUAUCUUCAAUAAUAGCAAAAAAAUUAAUAAACUGAGAAGACAUGUUGUUGCUAUUUUGAAAUGUUCCUUUCCCAAUGUGAAAAAAAAUCCAUCAGUGUGUUUAGCAUUGAUACGAUACGCAUUGUCUAUUUGUUUUUAUGUAUGCAUUUUUUUAAAAGGAAUACUUGAGGCUUCCAGUCUCCAACUUCAACUAAUAUUUGCCAUUAAUAACACAAUAGGAAAGCUAUAAAUGCAUGGUAAACCUAGAUUUAAGAUCCCAUACUUUGUGCCAUGUCUGUAUCUGAGAAACAAAGGCUGUGUCCCAUAUCCCUUUGAGCCAUGAGGCUCAAUGACAAUAUAAUAAUGAGUAAACUCUGCUUUUAAAAUUACCAUGUCAAAAUACUCAAUCACCCACAUGCUUGCUUAACAAAUGUAAAAAAUCAGAAUCUUUACAUAUAGAUGCCUUAUGGAAAAGUAUAUGUUUUUAACAUAAUGUCUGUUAGUGUUCAAAAAACAAAUUGUCACCAGGAACUAAUGACCUGCACAUUUUCAUUUUUAACAUCCAUUUUCAUUUGUGGAAACAUACAUCUGAAAUGUGUUGGGUUUUUUUAAAAUCAACUUUCCAGCAACUUAAAAAUUACCAAACUAAUUUUAUCCAUGUUAUUCUUUUAAAAAAGAAAAAAAAAGGGGGGGGGGAGGACAAUUCUAAAUAUGAUCCUUUGUAUGAAAAGAAACAUCUUUGAGUAAUUUUUAACCCAGUUAUAGAUCCCAGGAAAUAUGAUUUAUAGACCCUUCUUUGUGCAGUGGCAUUCUGAAUAGGGCCCUCCCUCUACUCCAUAUUUAUAGCCUCUGUCACAAUGAGGAUUUAGUCUGGAUCUUCUUGGCAUUACCAUAAUAAAGUGUUUCUAGAAUAAUAGUCAAAUUAAACACUCUGUGUGCAAGUACAAAAUCAGUCAUUUUAAUGAGUUGUUAAAGGAAUGCUUAUUUUUAUUGGUUGUCAUGAGAUGGUACUCAGCAGUGAAAUAAUGAUGACAACAUAAGGUGUGUCAGCCAUGAUGCUGUCAUGGUUUUUCUAGCACAUUAGAUUUAUCUUAAGUACUAAGUUAUCAAUAGCUCUAUCGUACUAAUGGUUUUUAGCAUACAUUUCAGUAGAUUUAUUUCCUCCUUUUUUAUUAAAUUGGAGUGUUUAGGCACGUGAAUUGUAGUUAAUGAUUAUUGGAUUAUGAAACCAGUAAUAUCUUACAAAACUGCAGACUGCAAUAAAAAAAGUUGUAGAAAAUUUAACUGCUGUCUCCAGUGUUAGCAUUCAGUAUGUUUAUCUUAAUUUCCAAAAAAAAAAAGUUAAUACAGCAAAAAUGUUAAAUCCUCUAUUAAAAAGAUCGAGCCUAAAUUCAGCAAUAACACCUUUGUAAAAAAUGUGUAAGAAAAUUGGGUCCACAGUUAAGGUUAAACUCUUCAUCUUUAGAAAAAUAUUGCUGCAGUGCUAAUUCCUGGCUCUAGGGUCAUUAGACUACUUAUAAGGCUGCCUCCCCAGUAGACUUAAUACAGUGAGGCUGGAAGGACACCAUGAUACAAGUGUCCAAGAUGGCACUUCACGUCCCCGCGUGGCAGAAUGGCCCACCAUCACCUUCAUACAUAUAUAGACUGUUUGUGUUGUGUGUGUGAUGUGUCUGCUUAGGCGCAGACACCCUCACUUCAGAGCACAAUGCUAGACUCAUGGUCACUACUGUGAAAAUAAACUAUAGGUUUUUUUAAUGCAUUUGCAUUAAAGAUGUGUAUUUUUUUUUUUUAAUUAAAGUUAGAAGACUUUAUGGUUAACAUCAACAACAUCAUUUAAUUUUCUGUAGACAGUUUCAGGGAAGCCUGUAGUCUUAAAAGAGAGAAUAAUGGUUUCCACUCUCCUAGUUACAGUUGACAUGCCUUAAACCUUCAGAUGGAUCUUCUCCAGAACUCACUUCUCUUAUUUGGUUUAUUAUAUGAGAGUAAAAACAGUAUUUUCUCUUCCUCUUUGGGCACUCCAGUGAAUUACAGAAUGUACCAAUGCAAUUCCCCUUUCAUUCUCAAGUUUUCUGUGGGAAAAAAAUGGUCUAAAGUUUGUAAAGUCAUGUGUAUUUGAUCUUUAAUUGGGCAUUGUUUCUUACUGUCAGUUUGUUAGGUUCCUUCAUGCUUUAUGAUGAAUGUGUACAGGUAUUCUGUGAAGGUAAAGCAGGUAUUUUAUGAAGCGUGAAAAAUGAGCUAAGUGUUUUUAAAAAUCAGAAGUAAUGAGCAUAUUCAAGGAUUCCACAUUACGGGGUAUUUUUUAAGUGUAUACAUAGUCUGUUUUUUCUUCAAAUUAUUUUUAACUGACAAACUUUCUUUUGUGAUUCCUAGGAAUAAAAUGUUGUGUUGCCUGUGUAUAUAGUAGAAAUAAACAUUUUCUGGAACUGUCUAUAUACGGUAUACAAUAAAUAAGUAAAGAGACUGGGGAGAAACUAGCAAAUAUCUGAUCAGGUGACUAAAUAAAUUGUUCUGAUGUAAUAGCGGUACAAAACUAGUUAACACCAGUCUUUCUAGUAACAGCUCAAGAACCAGAAUGUAGAGCCUAUUGGUCCUGACAGUAAUUGCACUGGUCCACCAGAGCACUUCUAGCCUUAAUAGGUCAUGAAAUAUCAGGCUUUCAAAUCCCCAAAUGUUGUUACUCUUUUUUUCUCCCCCACUUAUAGGAUGACAUUUUAGUAUCUGGUAUUUAUGAAUUACUAGAAUUGGAAAUUGUUGCUUUAUGCCUUUUGUAAAAUAGAUUCCAAGAUUCAGAGGGUAUGCUGCUACAGCAGUCGGUCUGAUUCAGGAAAGCAUUUCUAUCUAGGGCAACAUUUAAGCAAAUCCCAUUAAAGUCUGUAUUAAAGCCAUGUGUGUGUUUCAGUGCUGCCCUAAAUAGUGAUGGACUUAAGCACAUGCUUAAGUGCUUAUAUUCUAGUACUGAAGAUGGCAGCAUUUAGAAUCAUGUUGGAAUUAAAGCAGGUGGGGGAGGAAAAUAGAUCUGACACCUUUCCAAUGGAAUACAGCAUUCAUUUUAUGGCUCGGAUGGGUUUUCAGUCUGUUGAAUUUAAAACUGUUUUACUCAGUCCAGUCUUGGUUGUGUGUGUGUGUGUGGUUUGUUUUUGGUGUUUUGUUUUAUUUUCGUCACUGGAUGAGGGUGAACUAUAACAAGUCUUUGACUUCUAGUAAAAGUAAUUUUCAUUCCCUGCACAAGGCUUUGACAGAAUGUAAUAGCAUGAUACAGAGUUACAUCAGAACAAAAGUCUGUUCAAUGAAAAAACAAAUUGACAUCCAGGUCUUGGUGCUGGAAUAAUAAAUAAAACCACCACAGUUGACUCUUUGCUGCUAGUCUCAGCCCAGAGCACCUCUCUUCUAGAAGUCCCUUGUCAAAGCAGUGUCAGUGAAGAUUAUUGCUUUCUUACUGCCCGUGACUGACUUGCUCUGGGGAUGGAUGUCUUCGGUCUCCAGUGUCGUCAAUCUGAUGUAUUUCACAUGCAUUAAAUUCAGUCAAAUGUUCACCUUUUUAAAAAUGUAAUAAAAUGUUACUCUGCAGCAUUCAGUGAAAGUUAAGACUUUUUUUUUGUUUUUGUACUGAGUAAGAGAUAAGCAAUUACCAUAUGUACUCACCAAUAUUUGGUGUUUUGGUAGGAGAGCAGCAUAGCUUCUUUUCUGUAUAUGUUAGUUUGUCGAAAACAUAAAUCCAAAGAAACUGUAUAAUAUUGGAUUCUAAGACUAGUUUGGUUAAUGUCACCACAGAUGUGUUGAAUUACAAAGCAUCGGUUAUUGUGCCUGACUUGAGGUGUGCAUUCCAAUUUCAAGUUAUUUGUGGGGAUUUGGAGAAGUAACUUCUACUGCCCAUUGUCAUGACAAAUUUGUGUGUAAAUUAACAUGUGAUACAUCUUCAGAAUAAGAAUUGCGUGCUAAAGUAAUAAUACCUGAACUGGUAAUUUAUAGUAAUGGUUACUGCGUGUAUAAUAGUUUGAAAAGAUAAUCCCUGUGCCUGUCUGUGGUGGAACAACAGAAAUAUCAGUUGCUAUUGGUAAGAACUCUUGAGUAGACUGAAUAAUUAUUUAAAAACGUAAUUUAUUUUUGACUACUCAGAACAUUUUGUUUCCUAGCAAAUAGGUUUCCUGUAGCAGCUAUUAAAAGCUUUUAACACAGUAUUGUAUGCACGCCAUAGUCCUUUGUAAACAUAAUGUUUAAUAUGUUUUGAAAUAAAAAUCUGUGCUGAAUGUUUAAAA